AUGACCGCACUCGAUUUGAUUCAGCAAGGAAUUACACCCUCCUUUGAAUGGCCUGUCAAAUUCGGCUUGUACACUACCGCUGUGGCAUAUGUCCUCUCAGUGAUUACUGGGAAUGUCUCGCAAGUUGACAGGAUAUGGACCUUCAUGCCGACGAUCUACACCGCGUAUUUCGCGUUGCUACCUCUUUGGUCGCACGUUUCGCCUCUGCCUUUGUGGCCGUACAAGCCGGAAGUCUUGGAUUCUCAUGUCGCAGUGAACUACAGUCAGAGGGCUUUGCUCAUGUUUGCAUUGGUGUUCAUAUGGAUGAGCAGGUUAUCAUACAACACUUGGAGGAGGGGCCUGUUCAACUUGCAUGACGAGGACUACCGCUGGGCAAUUGUCCGCAAGAACGUCCCAUCACGGUUUCUUUUCGAGAUUUUUAACCUCGUCUUCAUCGCGGCGAUGCAGAACGUCAUCCUGUUCCUGCUCGGCCUGCCUACGCAUAUCGCCGCCUUCCAACAGCCCACAGAGCUCAGCACAUCUGAUUAUGUCCUUGGUUCUCUGGCCCUACUCGACCUUGCUCUGGAAUUCGUAGCAGACAACCAGCAGUACUCCUUCCAAACGUUCAAGCACAACGGUGUGCUCGAAAAGAAUGACUGGCCGGGCGCUCGGAUCCAGUGGACUGAGGAGGACGCCAAGCGCGGAUUCAUUACGCGCGGGCUCUGGGCAUGGUCCCGACACCCGAACUUCUUUUUUGAGCAGACUUUCUGGGCAAUCAUCACACUCUUCCCGCUACUUGCUCCUGAAACCCCUAGCCUCCCGACUCUCCCUAUCACAUCUAUGGCGCCCCUCUGGCCGUUGACUCCCGCGUUCGUACUCUGCUCGCUCUUCAUUUCGUCGACUUCCUUCACGGAGAGUAUCUCUUCGCCCAAGUAUCCCGCAUACCGCGCGUACCAGAGGCGCGUCGCGAUGUUCGUGCCGUUCCUUACGCCUGUAUGGGGCUUGUUCUUGAAGGUGCGGGGCAAGAAGGAAGAGGUGGACGAACUACUGUUCGGAAAAGGGAAGAAGACCGAUUGA